ACGAUAGAGCGUCUCGGCGUUGCUAUUGGCGACAGUAGAUGGUGCGCUGGUGGUGACGGCGAGAGGAGAGAGUGACAGCAGUGGUAACAGCUGUAGGCCAAGCUUCUCGCAGUUUCUUGGGGUUGAGCGCGAUCGGCGUGUCAUUUUGACGCGUAAUUCGGAGUUUCGUGCACAAGUCGUCUCGCACUACGACAGACGCGAGCACGGGGGCACGGAUUCGUUGCGGGCAGUCACGGUCACGGUGCCGAGCGUGCAGUCACCGGUCGCGAAUGCAACGGUUAAGUGCAGUUGGACGGGAGGCUGUGCGCGACUAGACACUGGCGACGCGCCAUGUCGCGCGUUCUCAGCUGAUGCCCGCGCUCGUCGCAUCGCACGCGCUUCUACCUUCGGCCACUCCAUCCCGGGUUCCGAGGUUCGGUUUGACAGCUGAAACAGCGUGACGCGCGCGCGAGGCAGGGCGCUUCCUCGUCCUCGUCACAUGCGUGUGGAUCCGGCCGCGUUCCGAUAGAGUCCACGCACGUCGUCGCACUCGGGAGAAUGGCGGAGCUGAACGACUUGUUUCGUACGGAUCAAUAUGUAGGUCCGGAGCAGCUCACCGAUCUCUGCUACAAGCUGAUCUGCGAGAAUCUCGACAUCAUCUCGGUAAAGGGUAAGCGCGGCCACCGGGUACUACGGCGCGGGCUAAUGUUCCCGAGCGAGAUAUGCGACAAGAUCAUCGAGUACGCGCAGCACAGCGGCGCGACCAAGGAGAACGACUGCUUCUUCUCGAUCUUCAAGAACCUGACGGCGACGCGGCUGAAGCACGUUAAGAUCGCCAACUGCAGCCUGACGGACGCUUCGGUCCACACGCUCGUCAGCCACCGGCUCCAAGACUUGGAGCUUAGCGAUUGUAGUAAUUUAACGGAGCUUAGUAUCGAGCACAUCAACGCCAACUCAGAGAACCUGCACAGCCUGACGUUCCACGGGAAGACAACGGUCAUACCGCCAGGUCUCAAUACUGUCCUCUCGUCCAUCAAUUACCAUGAACGGGGAUAUGUCCUCAAAGCACCGAACUUGAAACGCCUGGCGUUGGAGGAUGUAAAAAUAUCCUCACAGGACUACAACCUGCUCAUGGCAGGCUUAAUCAAUCUGACCCACCUGGAUCUGUCGAACAACUCUCAUGUUGAUACUUUGGACUUCUAUCGUCUCGUACCAAAUCUAGUGUCCUUAACUUUGUACAACAUCCGAAUCACCGGAAAUCCAAAGUCUUUUGUCAGGAGUAUCUGUCAACUGAGUAAUUUAAGGCACUUAGAUAUUUCACAGUCGAAUCACAAGCAAGGGCAAUUCGAGAAUCCCAACAAACUUCUGGCCAUUCUCGUAAACGGUUUGCCUCAAUUAGUUUCCUUGGAUAUCAGUGGUACAAACCUUGCUGGGCGAGGCGUGAUUGAGCGUCCUAUCGAUACAAAAGUCGAGGAUUCUUACUUCGGCCAACUCUCCGACAUACCGGGACUUGCAUCCAGGAUCCACAGGCCACUACAAUUUCUUGGUCUGUACGGUACUGCUCACGGUGCUUGCAGGAGGCAUGACAUACCGGCAAAAGUGGUGGCUGGCGAUGCGAACGAGGAACAAAUAUUAAUCGCAGCUCACGUUUGUAUGAACAAUAAGCAGGAAUUACUGCAAAAGGUACUGAGCGAUCUGUACCAUGUAUUUAGGUACGAAAACUGUAACAGAAUGGAUCAGGCGCUGUGCACCGUGUUGGAAGCGAUGGAGAAGCAUCCAACUCAGAAGCAUAUACAGAUAUCGGGAAGCGCUACGUUGUUUUACAUAGUGAAGAUGAAGGAAAAGGGUGAGCUGGUAGCGCGAAUGAAGAGGAGGAUAAUCAGCACUCUUCUCGCUGGCAUGAGCGAGCAUAAAGACGAAGAGACCAUGAUGCGAAACGGCUGUUUGGCACUGUGUCAAUUUCGCAUACCACAGGACGUGAUGUCGAAUUACGAGGCGCUCGUCAAAGUACUUCUGCAUUCGGCGAAACACUCGGAGCCGGAAAGUUUCGUUCAACGAAUCGGUAUAUAUCUGUUGAACUCGUUGGCUUGUCAAGUGGAGGGCAGGGAGAAGAGACUGCUCGGCAAGCUGGGUUGUGUGAAAACGAUGUUGGAACUGGUGGAGUACAGGGUGGAGAACGGCAUAUUCGACGAUGUGCUCGAGGUCGCUUGGUCAACCAUGUGGAACAUGACCGACGAAACGUCCAUUAAUUGCCAACGGUUUCUGGACGAGAAGGGCAUGGCACUCUUCCUGAUGUGCAUAGAGCAAUAUCCGCACAAGGAGGAGUUGCUGAGGAACAUGAUGGGCUUACUCGGCAACGUGGCGGAGGUUGGGUAUCUUCGUAUUCACCUUAUGGAGGAGCAAUAUGUAGCGGUGUUCGCCAAUCUGUUACGCUCCAACAGCGAUGGAAUCGAGGUCCCGUAUAAUGCAGCCGGUAUAUUGGCACACAUGGCAUCCGACGGAAUCGACGCGUGGACGAUAGAGAAGCCGACCCGCGGUGAGGUCCUCAAGUACAUGGUGCAGGCGAUUGAUAGCUGGGAUUUAAGUGCAGAACGCAACAUCAAUUAUCGCUCGUUCGUGCCGUUGUUGCGCCUACUGGACGUGUAUCAUACUCCUCAGUGUCAACAUUGGGCUGCUUGGGCCCUCGCCAACCUCACCAAAGUAUACCCGUACAAAUAUUGCACAUUGGUGGUGAAGGAGGGAGGAAUGGAGAAGCUGCACACGCUGAUAGCGGACUCCAGGCCGUACGAGCGCAUAAAGGAACUGGCGAAUUUAGUAAUUGAAAAUUGCUGUCAUUACGAGAGCCAUUCCGACGACGGAGACGUCCACUCGGCGUUAGAUGCGGAUAGUCUGGAUGGCUAAAAGAAGAUCUUCGUGACGUGAAGAUUUGCGCGUGUGCGCGUACCUUACGUAACUUGUGUCGGUUGCUUUAGAGCAGACAGAUUAUACUACAGUAUCAUUAGGACGACAUAGACGAGGCAAAUUAAAAAUCAGGUUUGUGACGAUUUCUUCGACACGGAAAUGAACGGAUGCUCAAUAUUAUUUAAUUAUAAAGUGUAUGUGCAUGCGUAUGAACGCACAUGUAAAAAGCGUAUAAAAUAUUCUGGGAGACUACUUAACUAUGCCGACAAGCAAUACACUUAUCCACCUUUAAGAGCUAUUGCCAAUAAUUAAUCGGGGGCCGAUCGGGGAGACGAGUGUUCCUCACCCGAUCGAUGUACAUAGUUCGCUUGUAUCGUUAAAGAUUUGAGGAUUGUAAUCGCAACUAAGGCGUUAUUGGCGUGCUUAUUACUUGCCUUUAACUGCAGUGUAUUAACUUUCGUAACGAGAAUUCGUACGAUAUCUCGUGUGGACGUUUGUUUCAAUCUAUCUUCUUUCCUUUCGCUUCUCUCUCUUGUAGAUAUAACAUAUAUGGCAUAGGUAGUAUAUUUCGUUCCCAUUAUCAAGAUUUCUUUAAUAUAAGAGAAACAAAGAUAAAGAGAAACAGGUUUAGGAGACUUGUAUGUACGUGAUACAAGUACGCGUGUACAUAGGAAACAUUUGCGGUAAGCAGGAAAGUAUAUUAGAUUUAAAUGUUUUGUAUGUUAUCUCGUUAUUACUAUUAAAAACCCUCUGAAAGAAAAUUAACUUCCAUCAAUUAAGUACCAAUUACGCGCGCGAUUAUUCUUUACUGACUUUUGAUUUAUCGAGGAUCUGCUCGACAAACUAGAGACGAAAGAGAGAAACAGUAUGUACGAAAAGACUAGUGAUUAUUGUCAGCAUACAUGGCAAUGUAAGCUCAUAAUGCAUCAACACGUGCUCGGUUUGUUCGAUGUAUAAUACAAUAUGUUUUAAGAUUUA